UUCCUUUUAUUUAUUUUUUGACCUUUUAUUUCUUCCUCCUCUCCCGUUUCUCUCUAUCUCUCUCUCUCGGCGGACAGCAUUGUGAAGCCUCCCUCUCUCUAUCACGGCGGAAGCGUGAUCCGUCGUUCUUUCUCAGCCGGUGAGGGAAUUCCUACCUUAGCCUUUUCUCUUAUUAAAUGGCUGAUUCGAGUGAAAAUCAACAACCUGAACAAGUCUGCAAUUUCUUCAGAAAGCCAUCAAGAAAUAAAAACAUCAGAAAACGAACAGUUGAUGAAGACGAAGAGGAGGAUUCAAAAACUGAAGGCUCAUUCUUACAUAGUCAGAAGAAAACCUUAAAGGCUGACAAUAAGCUGUAUUUUUCUACUGGAUCUUCUAAGAACAAUACGUCUGCUGAAGCAAAAAGAGAAUCUGAAAACACUGUUUUUCAGUUCGAGUCUUCUAAGGAAAUUCAAGUUGAACAUGAUAGCAGAGCAACAGCAACUUUGGAAACAGAGACUGAGUUCUCAAAAGAUAAUCGAGCAUUCCGUGAGAAAGCUCUUAAGCAGGCAGAGGCGGCUUUGAAAGGGAAAGGAAAGAGCUCUGGAGAUGGCAAGUUGUAUAAAGGGAUCCAUGGAUAUACUGAUUACAAGGCGGGGUUCCGAAGAGAGCAAACAAUUUCCAGUGAGAAAGCUGGUGGGGCACAUGGGCCUUUGAGGGCUUCUGCUCACAUUAGAGUUUCGGCAAGAUUUGAUUAUCAGCCAGAUAUAUGUAAGGAUUACAAAGAGACUGGUUACUGUGGGUAUGGAGAUUCAUGUAAGUUUAUGCAUGAUCGGGGGGAUUACAAGUCUGGAUGGCAGAUGGAGAAGGAGUGGGAUGAAGCAGAGAAAGCAAGAAAGAGAAAUCUAGCUUUGGGAAUAGAUGAUGUGGAUGAUGGGGGUGUAGACCCUGGCGACGAAGAUGAUGAUGAUGAUUCGUUGCCCUUUGCAUGUUUCAUUUGUAGGCAGCCUUUUGUUGAUCCUGUAGUAACCAAGUGCAAGCACUAUUUCUGUGAGCAUUGCGCAUUAAAGCAUCAUUCAAAGAACAAGAAAUGCUUUGUUUGCAAUCAGCCCACUCUUGGCAUUUUCAAUACAGCUCAAGAAAUACGCAAAAGGAUGGCUGCGGAGGGUAAAUAAUGGUCUCAGUGGCUCGUCAUGAUCGUUAUUGUGUAGCACUUUUUUUCCUUAGCUCUCUUUUAGUGUUGUUGGAAUUUUUUCUAUUUUUUAUUAGUGAGUUUUGAAAGAGGAAUUUCAAUUGUGUCUCUUGUAUGUAUAUGUGCGAUGCCUUUGGCAAAUUCUCAAUGAAUCGAUUAUUACCUUCAAGAAAUUAAAAAAGGAUCUUGGAUGCUGGUAAGCUGCCUGCCA